GUAGGCUAGAUAGAUGUCUGGUUUGAUAUUGCUCUUGCUGGCUGCAGCCUCGGACAGAUGAUUGGGUGUUAGUGCAGAAGUGUAUUUCAUCAAAUGUGUUCGUAAUUUCAAAGACAGGUUUAGUUGCAAUGGCCCAUGCUAAGAACUAGGAACAUAGUGCUUAGUUAUUUAGCCUACUUUGGUUUCUCAGAAACAUGUAAGGCAGAAAAUUAAUGAAGGCAGAGAGAAGGUGAAUGAAGGGCAAUGUUUUGGUGAAAUUAUUAUUUCUAAGCAUCUUUCUUUCAAAUCGUUUUUUUAAAUAAGACUUUUAAGGAUAAAAAAACCCAGAUUAAACUUUUAAACGUAGCUUUCAUAUUUUAUUCGAUUACUAUUUUAAACGUUGCAUAUUUAUUAUGUAGAAAGUGCUGCUCCCGUUGAUGAAAUAGAUAAACAGAACAGAGCCCUCCUGCUUCCACUGUCGGUCUGUGCUGCUAGCUUCGCUAGCUCGCUUGCUAGUCUGAAUAUUAAGUUGACAGGUCUGUUCCAGCCAACAAUACAUGCAUUUGCGCACAAUCACACUUCUAAACGCCAACUAAGACAUUUUUGGAACAAGAUAAGGAACUUUUUUACACGUCAGCUUUUCAGUUUUUUUGACGGUCAGCUAACGGCUAUCAGUGCUGCAAUGGGUUCCAAUGAUUGAUGACUUCGACUAAUGUCAAAGCAGUGUGGCAGGAGGGGGAUGCAUGCCUGGCUUCCAGCCCCGAAAAGGGCACCUUACGAGAAGGAACCAUCCUGAAACUCUUCUCCGCCCCUCACACUCUCACCACAGCCCUCGUUAGAUACACUGAUCACUGCAAUGUUAGUGACCAAGGAGAGGCGAUGGAGGAGAAGGAAGAGAUCGUUCCCAUUUCUGAGCUCCAGAGGCCAGGCGCUGACUGUUUCGAGAGAGAACGGUCCGCUCAGGAGAAGCCUCUCUUCCACAGCAGUAGUCUAAGCCCUCCUGGUUCCUCUGAGCCCUUGAUACUGUCUCAGACUGGGGAUAAAGUCCCCUACACCAUCAACAGGUACCUGAGGGACUACCAGAAAGAAGGCAUCCAGUUCAUCUACCACAGCUAUGUCCAGUCCAGAGGUUGCAUCCUUGGAGAUGAUAUGGGUCUGGGGAAGACCAUUCAGGUCAUUGGUUUCCUGGCUGCUUUAUUACAUAAAACAGGAACUGGGGAAGAUAUAGAAAACAACAGACCUCAGUUUCUUUUGACACAGGCCACCUCAAAAAACUGUAGACCUAACAAGGCCUUCUUGAUCGUGGCCCCCCUGUCGGUGCUCUAUAACUGGAAGGAUGAGCUGGAGAUGUGGGGUCACUUCCAGGUGGUGGUAGUGCACGGGCUGCACAAGGAAGAGGAGCUUACCAGGGUGAGAAGAGGCCGCACCGAGAUCGCCCUCACCACCUAUGAGACCUUGAGACUCUGCCUUGACCAGUUCAACAGCAUCGACUGGUGUGCUGUGAUAGUGGACGAGGCCCACAAAAUCAAGAACCCCAACUCCCAAAUCACCCAGGCCAUGAAGAGGCUGAGAUGCCAGGUACGAGUGGGUCUCACGGGCACCAUCCUACAGAACAACCUGGAUGAACUGUGGUGUGUCAUGGACUGGGCCAUCCCUGGUUGUCUUGGCAGCCUGGGUCAUUUCAAGAACAAGUUCUCCGACCCCAUUGAGCAGGGACAGAAGCACACUGCAACCAAGCGUUCCCUAGCGACAGGGAGGAAGGCGGUCCGGGCCCUGGCCGGGAAGCUCUCCCAUUGGUUCUUGAGGAGGACCAAGGCUCUGAUUAGUCGACAGCUUCCCAAGAAGGACGACAGAGUGGUGUACUGCUCUCUGACAGAGUUCCAGCAGACAGUCUACAGGACAGUGCUGGAGUCGGAGGACGUCUCCCUGCUGUUGCGCUCGUCUGAGAAGUGCAGCUGUGGCAGUGGACGCACUCGCAGGAAAUGCUGCUACAAGGAGAACAGGGAUGGCGUAAAGGUCAGUUCUCUGUACUUCAGCUACCUAACCAUUCUCAGGAAAGUAGCCAAUCACGUCGCCUUACUUCAGAGCACAGCAGACACCAGCAGCAAACAGAAGAAGUAUGUGAACGCUAUCUGUGAGAAGGUGUUCCAGAAGUUUCCUGACUUUAUGCAGAGGUGCAAGCAUGAAUCCUUUGAAGCUAUGUCAGACCCCAUGUACAGUGGUAAGAUGAAGGCCUUGCAGAAGUUACUGAAACAUUACAUGCAAAGGAAAGACAAGGUCUUACUCUUCUCCAUGUCCACCAAGCUAUUGAACGUUCUGGAAAGCUACUGUAUGGCCGAGGGUCUGGACUACAGCAGGCUGGAUGGUAACACCAAGGCCCGGGACAGGAUGACGGUGGUGAAGAACUUCAACAGUCGCCCUGACAUCAACAUCUGUCUGGUUUCCACCAUGGCGGGGGGUCUGGGGCUGAAUUUUGUGGGGGCUAAUGUGGUGGUUCUGUUUGAUCCCACCUGGAACCCUGCCAACGACCUGCAGGCGAUAGACAGAGCGUACCGUAUAGGCCAGUGCAGGGACGUGACCGUGCUCCGGCUGAUCUCGCUGGGGACAGUGGAGGAGAUCAUCUACCUGAGGCAGAUCUACAAGCAGCAGUUGCAGUGUUCGGUUGUUGGCAGGGAGAGUGCCCGGCGCUACUUUGAGGCGGUGCAGGGGGCAGGUCACCAGAAGGGGGAGCUGUUCGGGGUGAACAACCUGUUCAGGCUGCAGACCCAGGGGACCUGCCUGACCCGACAGAUACUGGAGAGAGAGGGCCAAGUGGAGGUGGGAGUGAUGACGGCGAAAACGCAGAUGCGGGAAGAGAAGGAGGAGGAAGAAGAGGCGGAGAGGAGAGAGAGCGGGCCAGGGGGUGCAGCCGGGGGGGGGCGGAGCCCCACGGCGGGGGGGGCGGAGCCCCACGGCGGGGGGGGCGGAGCCUCCGGGGCCGUGCUGGACUUCAGCAGCUGCAGCGAGGACGACGAGGCGGAGGGGGGGAAGCGAAGGGGGGCUCUCCAGCUCCGAGCGGGAGAGGACGGCCGGACCCCUCCCGGGAAAAUAAGUCUGCUCCUCCGGCACGACUUCUCCAGGCCGCUCCCGGGGUCAGAGGUCGAGGGGGGAGCCGGGUCGUCGUCGUCGGACGGCAGCCUGUGGACCCCCUAGACAGACCUCCUCCAUCCUCUCAGGCUGCCAGGGAGACUGAGGCUGUGAACGUCCAGAGGCCCGCCACCCCGCCCUGCC